CGAAAAAAAAUAAAAGGCAGCUCCUUUUAUUCUGCAGAUUCCACUUAUUACCACCAUGUUUGCUUCAUGAUUCUUUUUUCUUCUUUUGCAGUUUUCUCUUUUCCUCUUCUUAUUUAAGCAAUUUGGUGGGGUUUUUGCAGUCUCUUAUCAGUGAGUGAAAAAAUGAGGAGAGUUUUAAUGGUGAAUUUUGGGGUUUUUCUGCUCUGUUUUGGUUUUUUGUUCUGUUUUACCUUAGGCCAAGAUAAUGAUGAUUCUGAUGUAAACUCUACUACGACUGUUUACAUUGUUACUCUGAGACAAGCUCCUACUCUUCAUCUUUUCCAACAACAAGAAGAAAUGAAAAGGGUCAAAGAUAAGCACCACCAAGGAUCCAAACAUGGAGACACUUCAAGGUUUACUAGACCAAAACUCCAGCCUAGGAACAUCUCAAAUUGGAGAUCAAGGGGAUCAUCAAUUGCUCAAGCUCAUGACUCUUUGCUGAGAAAUGUAUUGAAAGGAGAGAAGUAUAUAAAGCUUUAUAGCUUCCAUUAUCUCAUCAAUGGGUUUGCUGUGUUUGUUAGCUCACAACAGGCUGAGAAGCUCUCAAGGAGAAGAGAAGUAGCAAACAUAGUGUUGGAUUUCUCUGUUAGGACGGCUACAACUUAUACACCUCAGUUCAUGGGUCUACCAAACGGUGCAUGGGUCAAAGAAGGUGGAUAUGAAAGUGCUGGAGAAGGAAUAGUUAUCGGUUUUAUCGACACUGGCAUUGAUCCAACUCACCCUAGUUUCAAUGGCACUGACACUUCCCAGCGCCAGUAUCCGAUCCCUAAUCAUUUCUCAGGUGUUUGUGAAGUCACACCGGAUUUUCCAUCGGGUUCUUGCAAUAGGAAGCUUGUUGGAGCCCGCCAUUUCGCGCAGUCAGCUAUUACUAGAGGGAUUUUCAAUUCAUCUGAGGACUAUGCUUCUCCUUUUGAUGGAGAUGGCCAUGGCACGCACACAGCUUCCAUUGCAGCUGGUAACCAUGGGGUCUCAGCAGUAGUUUCUGGACAUAACUUUGGAAAUGCUAGUGGAAUCGCUCCUCGUGCACACAUUUCUGUUUACAAGGCAUUGUAUAAGAGUUUUGGGGGAUUUGCUGCAGAUGUUGUUGCUGCUAUAGACCAGGCAGCUCAAGAUGGAGUUGACAUAUUAAGUCUAUCCAUCACACCUAACCGACGUCCUCCUGGUGUAGCCACGUUUUUUAACCCUCUAGACAUGGCUAUGCUAUCCGCUGUUAAGGCCGGUAUAUUCGUUGUGCAAGCUGCAGGAAACACAGGUCCUUCUCCUAAGAGCAUGUCCUCCUUCAGUCCAUGGAUCUUCACAGUUGGUGCUGCUACUCACGAUCGGGUUUACUCUAAUUCGAUAAUCUUAGGCAACAAUGCAUCCAUUCCUGGAGUAGGACUUGCACUUCCUACAGAUGAAAGCAAGAUGUACACAAUGAUCUCUGCUGUUGAUGCAUUGAAAAACAAAAGCUCUGUAGCAGACAAAGACAUGUAUGUAGGUGAAUGCCAAGAAUCUGACAGCUUGGAUAAGAAUCUUGUGUUUGGGAAUCUCCUGAUAUGCAGCUACUCUAUCCGUUUCGUGCUCGGACUUUCCAGUAUUAAACAGGCUUUAGCUGUUGCCAAGAAUCUAUCUGCAAAGGGUGCUGUGUUCUACUUGGAUCCAUAUGUUCUUGGCUUUCAGAUCAAUCCUACACCAAUGGAUAUGCCUGGCAUCAUAAUUCCAUCUUCAGAAGAUUCCAAGGUUUUACUCAAGUACUAUAACUCUUCACUUGAAAGAGAUGGAACCACCAAGGAGAUUGUUAGAUUUGGGGCAGUUGCAGCCAUUGCAGGUGGACAAAAUGCUAACUUUAGUAACAGAGCUCCCAAGAUUAUGUAUUACUCAGCAAGAGGACCUGAUCCAGAAGACAAUCUUUUCAACGACGCCGACAUUUUGAAACCAAAUCUUGUAGCUCCUGGAAAUUCCAUUUGGGGUGCUUGGAGUUCCGCUGCUACAGAUUCAGCUGAGUUUGAAGGGGAGAGUUUUGCUAUGAUGUCUGGUACGAGCAUGGCUGCUCCUCAUGUAGCUGGUGUGGCUGCAUUGAUCAAGCAUAAAUUCAGAAAUUUUAGUCCUUCAGCCAUUGCAUCUGCACUUUCAACAACCUCUGUUCUAUUUGACAACAAAGGCGAGGCAAUAAUGGCUCAGCGUGCUUAUGCUAAUCCUGAUCAAACCCUGUCUCCUGCAAUCCCAUUUGAUAUGGGGAAUGGCUUUGUGAAUGCAACCGCUGCUUUGGAUCCGGGACUAAUCUUUGAUACUGGUUUUGAAGACUAUAUGUCAUUUCUUUGUGGGAUCAAUGGAUCAGCUCCAGUGGUAUUCAACUACACCGGCAAGAAUUGUAUGCUUAGAAAUGCAACAAUCAGCGGAUCUGACCUUAAUUUGCCAUCCAUCACAGUCUCGAGGCUUAAUAACACGCGAACUGUCCAAAGACUAAUGACAAACAUUGCUGGAAAUGAGACCUAUAGUGUUGGUUUGACUCCUCCUUUUGAUGUUUUGAUGAAGGUAACUCCUAAUCAAUUUUCUAUAGCCAGUGGAGAGACAAAGCUACUUAGUGUAGUCCUCAAAGCAAAGAAGAACAGCUCUAUUGCCAGUUUUGGGAGAAUCAUGCUGUUUGGAAACACAGGGCACACUGUUCAUAUUCCUGUGUCUGUCAUAGUCAAAAUCGCCUCAAAAGGAUGAACCUGAGAGCCCGGUAUUAUUCAGAGCUUGCUAGAUUAAGAUAAAUUGUAUUCAUUUCAUUAUCCAUGUAAAAUGUCACACAUCAUUUAUAGUACAUGGUAGAUAAGAUAAAUUGUAUUCAUUUCAUUUUUCCAUGUAAAAUGUCACAUACAUGGUACAUUUUAUUUGAUACAAUAUGUAAAACUAGAAGAUA